AUGUCGCAAACAACAUCAGACAAGCCACAUCUAUAUGAGGAUGACUUAUCUGAAAGCGCGGAUGCGGAGCGCAAGAUAUUCGCACAAUGGGCCUCCUCUGCAACCUUCAAAAAACAAGCUGAUGAUUUCGAAAUUCACGACUCGGACGAGCUAGGCCGGAAGCUGAGUCCAUUUUUGGAAAAGCUGGGUCUGGUUGGCAAGGGGUAUUCUCUGGUACAAAUUCCCGGUCCGAAACACGCGCCAUUCCACUACAGCAAAGGUGAUGCAUUUAUAAUCCCUAUCCAAAUACUUGAUAACAGUCCGAACGCCUCGGGAAAGCCUCUUCGGGAAGGGAAACGACUAUACAUGAAGGCAAACCAUGAAGUGAAGAUUGAACCGAAACUGCGUUUGCUCUUUGUCCUGCUUUAG